UUCAAAGGAGGACGUGAGGACAUUACCCGAAAAGGAAGACAUGCCCUCCCAGAGUAUCUCCCGAAGGAUACUAACUGGUAAGCCGUGCCCAGUGAAGUUGAGCUUAUCAUAGAAGGAUCGCUCGGACUCCAUGGAGCAAUCACCUAUCGAGAGAAAUGCCCUUUGCUCAGAGUUUCGAUGGUUGAGCACCUCUAUUUUAUGCUUACGCCCUACAGCAGACACCAUGGAGAGUAGCGGCCCUUCCCCGACGUCGUUGAAUAACUUCCGCGUGGUAUACUUGAUAACGCAAAUGGUGGGCGCCGCCAUCGUCAUUCUGAUGGGUUCCUGGAUCGGAGUGCAUCUCGGAGGUCUCUCAUGGACGUCCAAUCCGGCCACUCAGUUCAACUGGCAUCCGCUGUUGAUGUCGAUCGGAAUGAUUUUCUUGUACGGAAAUUCCAUACUGGUCUAUCGAGGAUUCCGUUACGCUCGCAAGAAGCCACUGAAGGUCACUCAUGCCGCUAUUCACGGACUGGCGUUCGUCUUCACGGUUGUUGCUUUGGUGGCGGCCUUCGAUUCACAUAACCUGGCCAAGGUUCCGAUACCGAACAUGUACACGCUGCACUCGUGGGUCGGAAUGGCAGCAGUGGUGCUGUUUGGGCUUCAGUACCUGUUUGGGUUCGUGUCUUAUUUGUUCCCGGGAGUGCGCGAAUCGAUGCGAUCCACCUACAUGCCCGUCCACGUGUUCUUCGGUGUUUUGGGAUUUGUGCUAGCUGUCGCGGCUUCCCUGCUCGGUCUUCUGGAGAAAGCCAUAUUUGCCAUGCCCGACUACCGGUACCUACCGCCGCAGGGAGUCCUGGUGAACAUGAUCGGACUGCUUCUGGUCGUCUACGGUGGACUGGUGGUGUUCCUCGUGACGGAUCCCAUGUACAAGCGCAAAGCAUUGCCGGAAGAUGCGAUGCUCCUGACCCACAGUCCAUCAUCGCAAUAGACGGUGAACCCGGUUUCGCCGGUACCAUCUACCGCAGAGUACCGCUAUACAAUGUUAUCUGAUGCUAUAUGUUAUGCUAUGUGUUAAAGUCUGAAUAUGUGACGUGCAAUCGUACUUAAAGUCUAUCUAUACAUGUUGCUAUACAAGUGAAAGUGAUUUUAAAAUAUUAUAGGUUUGUUUAGUCAAGUGCACAAAUAAACGGGAGUGAAGAAUUAACAGCCAGAUUGUUUACUUCAGAGUGCAACACGGAUACCAAUAUAUGAAUAGCAUCUGUUUGAAUAUAUUUAUGUGAUGCAUCGAAUACCAAAACAGCAGAUAUUGCUUCAAAACUGUAAUUGACUGUAAAUAUUUAACGAACAAUAAAGUAUUAUCGCGUCAAA